CUGUACCAAGUAGGAAUGUAAUUAAGAUCAUAUCUCCUAGAUGGCUGAUAAGUUAAAACAGGCUAUAUAUGCUUCUCUUCCCUGAGAAAAGAACCAGACCACACAUCUAGCUAGCUAGGUAGCCCACCUCAACAUCGGCUUACUUGUUUUGGAGUAGAUGUUUCAGAUUAGAAGCAACAUAGAGAUUUGAGAUAUGGGAAGUGCUACUGCUGAUUCCAGAUCUGGUAUUAAGCUUUUUGAAGCUUGUAUCAAUUCGAAUCUGAGGUCCUUCCUUCACAGUGUUACGCCAACUUUGGAGCCCUACACCGUUGCCAAGCCAGGCGGCUAUUCUGGUAGAGUGCCCGAGUUAGGUAGAUGCUUCUUCCUUGUAGACCUUUGGAACCACUUCUACCCGUUGAGCGCCUAUGGUGUCGGUACUCCGGUUCGUCUCCCUUCCGGUCAGGAAAUUGAGCAGUACUUUGUGCCGUAUCUUUCAGCCAUUCAGUUGCACACCAUCUCAGACUUCACUUCAUGCAACGAGAUAAUGGUCGGCAAUAACUUGUUUGAUGCGAACAACUACGGCUGGUGCAGUGCGGCAGAUAACUGGAAUGGUCAGUAUGCAACAACAUCAUUAGCGAGGUAUGACAGCCCGAGGUCAAUGAAUGGAGGGCCAUGUUUUCAGUACUUUGAAUGUGAUUCCCCUUAUGAAAGGAUGCCUCUCGCAGACAAGGUGUAUGAGCUGUGCUAUAACUUUCCACCCCUAUCAUAUCUUAGCAGUAUUGAGCUCUCUCCAUCUAGUUGGAUGUCAGUUUUCUGGUAUCCUAUAGGCCAUGUUCCCGCGAUGAACAAGAAGGACCUGACUACUUGCUUCUUGACUUACCAUAGCCUGUCAACAUUAGAAGAUCGUACGCCGUUUGACAGCAAGGACCCGCUGACGCUUCCCCCAAUUGGCCUCGCGACGCACAAGACGGACGGAGAUGUAUGGACAAGCGCGAACUCCGGCGACCAAGAGCUGACCACCUCCCUCGUCGGCGCGGCGGACUCGUGGCUGAAGAAGCUUGACGUCCAGCAUCAUGACUUCAAUUACUUCCUCAACAGUAACAGGAACCUGAUCCACUACAGGUCCUUGACCGAAGCAAGUACCAGUGCAGUUUGACAUGGCGAACUUGACUGGCUGAAAGCGGUUGCCGGAGCUGGUUGUUCUGGGUACAAGAAGGAAGACUGCAUCGAUACUCUCUCUUCUUUUUAUUUUUGCGGUGGUGGUUUGCAGUAAUUGGAUCCUAAUCACUGAGACAUCGUAGUUGGUACUGAAUAAUUGCUUGUUUUAGACCAAGACUUUAUCUUGACAUUGAGUUUUACUUUCACAUGAAAAACUGCAAGGUGUGUGCUCGAAAGUAUGCAGCCUUCAGAAAAGGGAGUUAUUUAAA